AUGACACCAACAUGGAGCUUCUGCCUUCCUUUUCUACUUCUGGUUCUGAUGAUGCCCGCCACACAUUCGGCACCAGAUUUUUCUUUGUACCUCCACAGUAUUCUGAAGAACCACACAGCUCAUGCAUGUGAAGGAGAAACUCUCAUCAUCAAGUGUCCCUCCAGGACGUCUGUCUCCGUCCUGUCAGCCUUCUACGGACGACGUAUUCCUUACAAGUAUUUAUGUCCCUCAGCAAACACAAACAUGACGUUGGAGGAGGACACCGAAUGCACCUCCUCUGUUGCUCUUCAGAAGGUGCUGUCAGAGUGUCAGGAUCAGCGGUCAUGUUACAUCCCCAUCCUCGCUCCAGUGUUCGGACCGGAUCCGUGUCCGCUCACCACCAAGUAUCUUCUGGUCUCCUACAAGUGUCGACCAGAGCACCACCGCACCAGACUCGUGUGUGAAAACGAGCGCCUGAGGCUGACGUGCAGAAACGAAACCGUCCUCGUCAUCUACUCAGCUACAUUUGGACACUUGUUGCACAGCAGUCCUCACUGUCCCGAAGAACCCGGAUCACAGGCUGACAUGGAGUGUUUGUCACCUGUGGCUCUGAGGAGGGUGUCCCGUAGGUGUCACGGCAGAGCAAACUGUUCAGUCCUUGCAGACACCCACACCUUUGGGGACCCUUGCUUUCCCGGCACCAGGAAGCACCUGCGGGUGUCCUUCACUUGUGUGCCCAGAUAUCUGCUAGAGGAUGUUGGUCGAGGGUCAACGGAUCCGUUCAUGAUCUCAGAUUACACACAUGGUGGAUGGUACACUGGCCCCACCUACAGGCCUCAAAAUGUGUUUGUAACCAACUCUCUGGAGGUGAUUGAAAAAAUACUGGGUCUCCCAGAGCGAGUGGCUCUGUACUUUGUCUCCGGCAUCUGCGUCGGCCUGGUGUUCCUGCUCUGCCUGUUCGGCCUUCGCUCCACUCUGGUGAGAGAUGUCAAGGGUCUCGUUUCUGACUUGAAGGACGAGCUGAAAGCGUCACGCAGGAAGAAACAGGAGCUCAUGGACGAUCUCUUUGACGACGACGUCUCAGACACCUCCUCCUUUCGUCGCCUCACACAGUCUUACCGUUUGACUGACGUCUUGAGCCCGGCGGCCCUGACCGUGGAACUGGUUGAACGUGACGUGCAGCAGGUGAGGCCCAAUGGAGACAUGUGGCCACAGCAAGACUCCAGUCCUUACGCCAUUCACAAGGUCAUAACUUACAACAGUCAAAUCUAA